AUGUUACAGCUCCGCCCCGAUGUUGUGCCCAAAACUGCUGAGAAUUUCCGUGCCUUGUGCACCGGCGAAAAAGGCUUCGGUUAUAAAGGCUCCUGUUUCCACCGUGUGAUCCCCAACUUCAUGUGUCAAGGUGGUGAUUUCACAAACCACAAUGGCACUGGAGGCAAAUCAAUCUAUGGCGCUAAGUUUGCUGAUGAGAACUUCUCCUUGAAGCACACCGAACCCGGUAUUUUGUCAAUGGCUAACGCUGGACCCAACACCAACGGCUCGCAGUUCUUUAUUUGUACUGUGAAGACAGCUUGGUUGGACAACAAGCAUGUUGUUUUCGGCAAGGUUGUCGAAGGCAUGGAUGUAGUUAAAGCUAUUGAGGGUUUGGGUUCACAAUCUGGCAAGACCAGCAAGAAGAUUGUCGUCGCUGAGUCUGGAGCGCUUUAAGCAGCGUUAUAAACUAAACACAACACACUAAAAUAUAAAUAUAUAUAAAAGCUAAAAGAAAUAGCUAAGUAUAAUGUAACAUUCAAGCAGCAUUGUCGCAUUUAAAUUUAUCAAUACUUCGACUUUCUAGUAAAGUGUUUGGAAACAUGAGUUUAAUAAUGAUUCCCCUGCAGUUUAUUUUUUCUAUCAUGAGCGAAUAAAAAUUCAAUUUGGAACUCUAUUAGAAUAAUCACAA